GGUAAGUGAUAAAUCGUCUGUUGCUAAGUUACUAAAUUAUCAUUGACUUGUUACAUGACAAGCAUGCCACAUAAUAUUUUGGCUGGAAUCCUCAAUGCUUAAAUAUGAAGGCUUUUCUUUAUUUUGUAAGGGUUCCAUGUGUGAAGAAAGGUGGGAUCAGAUUCACCAUCAAUGGCCAUUCCUACUUCAACUUGGUGCUGAUAACCAAUGUGGGCGGAGCAGGAGAUAUCACAGCGGUGUCCAUCAAGGGGUCUCGGACAGGGUGGCAACCCAUGUCCAGGAACUGGGGCCAAAACUGGCAGAGCAAUUCCUAUGUUAACGGCCAAAGCCUCUCCUUCAAAAUCACCACCAGUGAUGGCCGGACAAUGAACCAGUACAAUGUUGUCCCUGCUGGCUGGCAAUUUGGGCAGACUUUUGAAGGUGACCAAUUCUAGAAAAUUGUCGAGAAUCGAUUGAUUUGGAAGAUUGGAGACACAUGAGGAGUUUACGCUGAGGUAGCAACGCGGCACCCGCUAGGCUUUGUGUGAAAUCAGUAUAUAAAUUAAACACCAAAAUUUGUGUGUGGGUGAUUAAAAAUAAGUCAAUUGUUUGAACAUGGUAACAUGGUCUCUCUUUUUUUCUAAUUUAUUUUAAAUUUGUGCUAAGCUAAUUAAGGGGUUAAUUCCCAACUUAUAAGUUACUAUGAUUUCCUAUUAUCAAGAAAAAGCGAAAGUUUCA